CGCUUUUCUCUCUCUUCUCUCUCUCGCAUCAUUUAGAGAGAGAAAGCUGAAACUUUUCUUGCUUUAGUCGGCCGGAUUUUUCCGGUGACUACCCAUGUCCAGCAUCUUCUCAAUCGUUUAUGGAGAUGGUUGGCUUAUGUCUGGCAGCGAUCGACUCAUCUAGCGACGUUGGCCGGCUUUGCGUUUUCACCCCGCCGUAGAUCGGGUUUCGUCUUCCGAUCUCUUUAGUUUUGUUGUUGUUUUUCUUUCAAUAAUAUCCAUGGAUCUGGUUUGGUGGAAAAUUUUAGGUGCUCUGUUACUUAAAAUUAUUAUUCUCCUGCUUGUUUCCAUUGAAAAUAUGAGUUUGCAUAAAUCUAUUUGGAGAUGACGUUUUAGAUUAAAGAAUCGAAGAAUCUUCCGAUGCAUAUUCUGAUUUCCUUAAGCUGUUAGAUUAUCAUGGAGUUUCGUUUGGAUUCGGUGAUAACCAGAAAUUUCGUUUGAUGUAUCUUGACGACAAUUUCUCACCGGAACGAUGCUCACGGCGAAGGUUGAUAUCGGAAAACUUCUGUUUACUCAUCCUACACGUGUUGUGGCUAUGUCCACUAGAUGACACGAGGGUUUGGAUUGAGUCCAAUGUCAAAAUCUCUUUUAUUCUAAGCGGUUGUUUAAUGGACUUUUGGGCCUUUUUGGCAUCUGUAAACUUUUAUGGGGCUAUACGUUGUCCUUGUAAUAUGUGGAAUGAUAAAUCAAUACUCUUGAGACAAAAAAAAAACGGGGAGAUAUGGGGUUAGAGUUUGUCAAAAGGGGACUCGCCAGACGAUUUCUCCUCGUGGACGUCAUCUAGUUUGCUUAUAUUAAAAAGCCUGUGGAUGAGCUUCUUCUGCGGCGAUCAAAAACGCCGUCGACAAUAAUCUCACCGGCGCCACCAACACCGCCGAUCUAUCAACCAAACACAAUCUCGCCGUUAUAUUCUCUCUCCAUGGCGCUUUCAUGCCGUGACACACUUAUCCUCAUCUUCCAGAAGCUAACCGUCGCCGAUCUAGCUCGUGCGAGCUGCGUCUGCAAGGUUUGGAACUCUGUAGCCACAGAAGACGAUCUAGUGGUAUCGGCUUUCACGGCGCCAUGGCGGAUCAAAGAACUUGUUGGAAGACCAGCUUCUGCUUCGUUCUGGAGAGAUAACGGAAUCUGGAAAUUUGCUAUUUCUCAUCGGAUUCUUCGUGGUGAUAGUGUGACUAGCCUCGCCGUCAAAUACUCUGUUCAGGUUAUGGACAUAAAGCGGCUAAACAACAUGAUGAGUGACCAUGGGAUUUACUCAAGAGACAGACUGCUUAUCCCGAUAAGCAAUCCCGGAAUUCUCGCAAACGCUACGUGCUACGUAGAGCUAGACAAAUAUGCCAAACGGGAAGUUGCCGUGCUUUACCUCGAAGGUGCGCCGAAGAGAGAACAACCUGUACCUGGUAUGAAUCAACCAUCCAACUUAUCAGCCGAUGGAAAGCGAAGGCUGAUUGAAUCUCUAAGGAGAAGCAUGCAAGUGGAUGAUGGAACCGCUCUAUACUACUUGGCUAUCGCGGAAGGGGAUCCUAGAUCCGCAUUGUCCGAGUUCUCGGCUGAUCUCAGGUGGGAGAGGCAGGCUGGUCUCAACUAGGCCCGGCAAAGUAGGCUCUCGGAUUGCUGAUUUAAAGUCAUGAAUUUCAGGUUUCAAGUAUACCUAUCAGGAGUAUGAUUCAGGAAUCAGAAUGUAAUUAGCUCCAGUAUAUAAGACUUAUGGGGUGUGAUUUAUCGGUUUCCAAUUCGAGCCGAUAUUGAUAUAUGUAAAUCCUUGCAAAGUUUUAUCUUCCUGUGGUUCUUGUUGUUCAUUUGGUGGUUUGAAAUAUUGCUGUCUUCUGGUAAGAAAUAUACAUUAAACCCUGUUAAGUAUAAGUAUACUUAUGACUUCUCAAAGUCUCGCAUAAUAAAAUCUACAAAGUUCUUUAUUUA